CAUUUAGUUUUGAGAUCGUUCUUUAGUUUUUUUUUCGUCUGUUAUGUUUUGUGUUUGAUCAAGUUUGAAUUGACUGUUGUGUUUGCAUUCUAUUUAGGAUAGAGAUGUUUAUAUUAAUUACCUUUAUUUAAUUAAAAUAAAAAUAUUUUUCAUAAGUAAAUCUGUCAUAUAGCAUUUAUUUGUCAGGUACUUUUUAUGUGAUGUCAAGUAAAAUGGAUACGAGCGAAAGUCCAGAAGAUAAAGAUGAAUCGUUUUAUUUUAAGUUAGAUACCUUACCACCUGAAAUUUUCUUACAUAUAUGUUCAUUUUUAAGUGCAAAAUAUGUUAUUAAUGUUUUAAGUCAAGUUUGUGAGAAGUUUAAAGAUAUUAUAGAAAAUGAAUCAACAUGGAGGAUGAGAAUUUUUGAAUCAUGGCCUAAUCGUUAUCCUCUUGUACCAGCUCCAGCCGACUUUGAUUGGAAAGAAGCUUGUAUAGAGAGAGAAGACCAUUAUGAUCUUUGGAAAAACAAAGCAGAGAAUAUGCAUUUAUAUCAUUUGAAAGAUGCUCAUUUUGGAUCUGUGAAUGUUGUCAGUUUGCUUGAGGAAGGUUCGAUGUGUGCAUCUGGGGGGAGAGAUGGCGCUUUAAAAUUAUGGAGUAUUUCAAGUUUAGAAGAAGAGACAAACCCUCGUGAUUAUCUUUCUUGUCUCAUAAAUUCAACUACUGGAGCUCAUGGUAGUGCUUGGCUUUGGUCAUUAACGUAUGACAAAUCAAAUAAAACAUUGUACAGUGGUGGAUUUGAUUGCAACAUAAAAACUUGGGAUUUAGAGAAUCCAUCUGUUGUACUUAGUACUCAUAGUCUUUCAUCCCCUAUUUUGUGUCUGGCAUACUCUGACAAUAAUUUAACAUCUGGAUGCUAUGGACGUAGUGUAAGCCUAUUCGAUCCCAGAACUAAUCUUCAACCAGUUUGGCAGCAUAUACAUCAUCAAAGACCAGUUAUCUGUAUAGUUACUGAUGAUAAGCAUGUAAUAUCUGGAAGUGAAGACAAGAGUAUUAUUGUGUAUGACAAAUCAGCUCGUAAAGUUUUGAAGACCAUAAAUCUUGAAGGUUUUCCUCUAUCAAUGUCAUACGAAUAUGGACAGCUACUUGUUGGUGAUGUUUUAGGCUCUAUCCAUGUCAUUGAUCCUGUCAGUGGAAAUUUUGAUCUAUUGAAAAGUUACGAAAGUGGUCACAAAACAAAAAUAACUGGAAUUCAACAUUCUUUAGGAUCAGUUAUGACAUGUUCAACUGAUAAAACUAUUCGAGUUUUGGAACCUAGUGAAAAUCCAUCUAUAAUUACGGUUUUAAAUGUUGGCUCAGAAGUAUCCAAAAUAUCUGCUUAUAAAACAACAUUAGCUAGUGCUAAUACUGAUGAUUCCAUUUCAAUAUGGUUACCUAAAGAAGAAGAAGAACUAUGAAGUAUUAAUGUUCUUCUACUUAUUAUGACUGUUUUCUGAGUCUUUUUAACUGGUCUCACUUUUCCAUAAAAACUUAUUUCACUUAUUUAACAAUGUGUGAAAAUCACACAAAAUAAUGAAAGAAAUCGAUGUUUUCUGUGUAACAUUAUUUCUUUCUGAUACUUCCAAUUUUAUUUAUCUAAAGUUUUUAAACACUGUGAUUGUACAAUUCUUUUGUACAUUACUUAUAUAAAUAAUUCAAAUCUAUAUUAUUAUUUAACAUUUUUUUACACCUAGUUUGCUUAUUGUGAUAUUUAUAUGCUUGAAGUUUGUGUUAUAACUUUCAUUUUUUAUUUUAACAUAGUUUACUCGAGGCAAUAUUUUAAGUGGUGGUCACUGUUUUGGAUAUACAAAUAGUUAUCUGUGAUUCUCUAGUAAAUAAAUUUGGAUCAAUAUAUUUGGAUUCAGAAUAAACCUUACUUACGGAUUGCAAAGCAUGCAAUUUUUGUUAAUCAUUUUUCAAAAUUAAUUAUUAAAACAAAAAUGAGUGGUUUCAAAAUCACUAAUAAAGAAACAAUAUUUUUAGUGUUUGUAUCAAUAAUUUAAAAAUUUUAUGCAUUUUACAUUUUUUUAAAUGAUUCUUAGUUCAAAAUGAAAUGUGCUUUUUUUUUGUUGUAAAAAUGGUUUGUUCUUUCCGGGAAAGAUUUAUUAUACAGUAAAGCAAUUUUUAUAUGUCUUUCAGAGAACCGAUGUGGUUCGACGUAUAAAUUUUACAACCUAUAACUGAAAAGUAAACAAUAAAUUGAAAUUUUUCAUAAAAAUAAUUCUAAUAACUUACUAGCAUUGUUAAUUUUGCACUUAAUAUUAUUAAUAUAAAAAACAAUUGAGAAAGUAAUUAAAAUAAAACUUGUUAUCUUUUAAUAAAAUUGUUUUACUAUUGUUUUGAUUUAUAAAAAUACUUGCAAAUCUGUGCUCAGAGACAUUUUACAAAUGAAGUUCUUUUUGAAGAAAAAAUGCAAACUGUAUUGUCAGUACAAAACUGUAUUGUCAGUUUUUCCUAUUGUUGUGUUACUUUUUACUCUUCUGAAGUUGGAAGGAGAAAUUCCUUUUCAGUACCUCACUUAGAAAUUCUGGAAUCCAGGCCAAAUAUUUAUAUACUUCACAAAAAAGGCAGGAAAAAACAACGCAUAAAUGAUAAUUUAUGUUUGUACCUAUUAUAUAAAUGAUAAUUUAUGUUUGUACCUAUUAUGUAAAUGAUAAUUUAUGUUUUAUAAAUGAACUAUUUUAACAUUGCUUUGAAAAUGAAGUGGGACUGCAAGAGAUGACACUUAUACAAAAAACGUAUAAAAAAAGACUUUACUGUAUUUCAAAAUUUCGUUGUUAAAAAUGUUUUGUUUUACAAAAAUGGAUUAGACAUUGUUUGUGAACGCAAUUUAAUAAUUUUAUUUUAACUAAAUUUUUUUAACUUUUUUGUCGUAAGUUUCAAGUUUUACUUACAGAAACAUAUUUUUAUUAGAGCAUUAUAUAUUUUUUUAAACAUAAAAUAAAUACAAAUGUACUUUACUUCAAGAAAAAUGCUUAUAAAAUAUAACUUUAUGGUGCACAUCUUUAAAGAAUUUUAUGUUCUACAUUCCAGUCUUCAAGACUAAAUAUUUAAUUUAAUUCCCUGCUUUCUUGAGCAUUUAUUUGCAUUUUAUUAUGUGUUGAUAAUAAACACUUUGUACUUGAAAAUUUGAUAUAAUUUAUCUAAAAUAAAGAAUAUUUAUUUCCA